UCGAUCGACAUUCCCAGCGUCACGCUCACCGCGCUCGACUUUAAGAAGCCGUUUGCGCUGCGCGUCGCGAAGGACGGACUUCUCCACGGCUUUGUGAGCUCGUUUGACAUUCGGGCGACGCCGACGCACUGGCAGCAGACGUUCUUCCACCUGAGCAAGCCCUUCCACGUCAAGGCCGGCGACGCGAUCGCGGGCACCUGGGCCGUGCGUCGCAAUGCGCUCAACCCGCGCUUCCUCGACGUCGACUUUGAGUGGACCCACGGCCCGCACAAGUUUUUUGAAAAGUUUUCGAUCCACUAA